AUGUCCAGAAUAAGUGCCCUUUUGAAGAAACUCGAGGUCGAACCAGAUGGUCGUCCGCUGUCAGUGUUGAGGAAUCCUGAUCUGGAGCCCAUACCCCAUGCCAAGCGCCAAUGGGCAUUUUGGUCUUUUUUCGCAUAUUACGGUUUGCCGAAUGUCUCAGCAGCUACCUUUAGCAUCGGCUCUGCGCUUUUGACUUUGGGCCUUAACAUCAAACAAUCUAUUGGCACUAUUAUCGUAGGCAACAUAGUAAUUUCACUGUACACGGUAUUAAAUUCCAAUCCCGGGUACAAGUACCAUAUUGGAUACACUCUCGAGCAGCGCAUGCUUUUUGGCAUCUAUGGAUCUGUGAUCGGUAUAAUUAUCAGGGUAGGUCUUUCGGUUGUUCUUUAUGGGUAUCUAUCAUGGUUGGGGGCGCUAUGCCUGAACUUGAUAUUGAGCUCAUGGUCCAAGUCCUACAUGAAUAUGACGAACACCUUCCCCGAGUCUGUUCCGAUGACUAAAAGAGAUUGCAUUUCGUUUCUCAUUUUCCAGCUGAUCCAAAUGCCUCUCAGUUUUGUGCAUCCGAGGAAAAUAAACGGUGCGGGCAUUGUCUUCUGCUUUAUGGCCAUAUUUUCCGUCAUUGGUGUACUUGCCUACACGGUCAGUGCUAAUGGCGGACCAGGCCCUCUGUACUAUGAAAGCCAAGAUUUGACAGCCAACCAGCGGGCUUGGACGUGGUUACUGGCGAUUACCAUUUGGUAUAGUGGUAUGUCUCCCGUGAUCGCAAACCAGUCAGACUAUUCCAGAUAUGGGUCUCAUCAAUUAAAAAUGAACCUCGGUGUCACACUCGGAGUAUGUUUGACAGGGACUCUAGCCCCUGUAGCCGGAAUGUUCAGCGCAUCUGCAACCCAACAGCUUUACGGUGAGCCGUUUUGGCUCCCCACAGACAUGGCCCUAAAAUGGCUUCAAGAUGGCUAUUCGGCAAAAGCACGCUGCGCCGUGUUUUUCCUCGGUCUGAGCUUCACCGGAACGCAACUCGUGGUAAACAUGACACAAAAUGGGUACGCGUGCGGGAUGGACUUGGCAGGAAUUUUCCCCAAAUAUGUCAACAUAACGCGGGGUACGAUUUUUGUUCAGCUUAUCUCAUGGGUUGUUCAGCCAUGGACAUUUUUCAACACGUCUUCUGCCUUUCUUGACAGUAUGACUUCAUUUGGCAUCUUCACCACCCCGAUCAUGGCCAUCAAUGCAGUGGACUACUAUCUAGUGCGGAAAACUCGCAUUUCUAUCGCUGAUCUAUUUACCUUGGAUCACAAGGGUGCAUAUUGGUUUUACCGGGGCUUCAAUCUUAGGGCCAUAUUUGCUUUACUUCUGGGAAUUGCUUUGGGCUUACCUGGCCUCGCUUUUUCUGUCAACACAAACUUCAAGCCAAAUAACGCGUUGAACAAUUAUUAUAGUGGAUACACGUUCUUCACGGUGAUAAUAUCUGGCUUGACGUACUAUAUCUUGACUCUAAUUUUCCCAAUCAAGCAGCGCGUUGGGGUGACGGAUGAUAAGGACUUUUUCAAUGCCUUCAGCCUCGCGGAGUGUCAAAGCAUAGGCAUGAUGCCAUACUCGGAAGAAUUGGAAGGUGAAUACAUGAAACUGGAGAAGGGCGAAGUGGAAAGAAGGGACCAAGACUCAACUCGCAAGGCUACGUCGCCACGGGUAUCAACGUCAUCUCACUCAGAAACGAAAAUGGUCAUAGAAAUUGCCACCCCCAAAGAGUAA